UAUGGGCGUGGCUUACGGGAGGGCCCGGGCAGGAGUGGGCGCGGCUAUGAGGAAGCAGACAGAGUUUGAGCCCGCAGAUUGGUAUGUGGUGGGCGUGGCUUAUGACAGGAGCCGGGCGGGGGGCGGAGCUCUGGAGGCUGGGAGCGGAAGGCGGAGGUAGAGAGCGGCCGGGAGUGGGUGAUGGUACCGAGGCGGCGGCGCGGGUGCUGUUCACUGGACUGUAAGAACCGGAGCGGUACCGGAGAGCGGACAGCAUCACCUUGAAACAUCAGAGAAUGCAAUGGACUUUGAAAAUGUUAAAGGUAUCCAUGGCUGCCGAAAUGAGAUAAUGCACAAAAAAGACCUUAAUCUCCAGGAAGAAGAAAUAAACACUGAUGAUGAUUUGUCGGAAGACGGUCAGUCCAGGAUAAAAGCAGAGAAGCGCCGAGCCAAGAAAAAGAGACAGCGGGAGCGGAAAAAACUAGAGAAGAAGAAACAUCUUGAAGAAAAUGAGCAGGAGCCGGAGUGGGAUGUAAACAGUGCGUUUGUUGCCAACGCUGCCAGUCACAUUAGACCAAAGAGCAGGAAUAAACUUGACAAGAAGCACAGCGCAAACAAAGAGAACGAAGAGAAGGUCCAAGAGGAUGACUGCACUAACUCCUUGAUCCAAAAAGCCCAAGAUCUUGCUGAAGAAGGCAUUAAUUCAGUGAAAGACGGAAACUACACCAAAGCAAUUGAACUGUUUAGUGAAGCUAUCAGAUUAGAUCCUGAAGAUUACAGGUAUUUCGGAAACCGUUCUUAUUGCUACGAGCAGCUGGAGCUUUACCCCAAGGCCCUGGUGGAUGCAGACGUUUCCAUACAGCUCUCGGCCGACUGCCCUAAAGGCUAUUUCAGGAAAGGCCGAGCUCUGAAAGGAUGCAAUAGGUAUGAAGAAGCAGAAGAUGCCUUCAAGAUGGUGUUAAAUCUGGAUAAAAGUUGCGAGGAAGCUGUGAAAGAGAUACAUAUGUGUCAAGUCUAUCAACUCAUGGAUCACGGUUUUACUGAGGGACAAAGCCAUCACUUGGUUGAAGAAUACGGAUCUGUCGCCGCCGUAAUGGAAGCGCCGAUUUCCGCUAAAGUCUUGCAGGAGAACAUGAAGCUGGAUGAGACAGGAGAAGAGGAGCUGCACUUCCUAAAUGAAUUGUCUGAGACCCAGAGCUGUUCACUGUGGGUUGGAAACGUAACCGAGCAGAUAACAGAAAAGCAGCUGUGGGACUUGUUUAAGUGUUAUGGAGAAAUUCAUAGCGUUCGCGUCCUUGGCGAAAGGUUUUGUGCGUUUGUUAACUUUAAGUGCCCUAUUGCAACAGCAAGAGCACUUGAGGCAUUGCAGGGUAGAGAAGUAGAGAACACAAGGUUAUUGAUUCGAUACCCAGACAAGCCUUACCGACCCUUAGCUGUCAGCAGUUCAGAAGCACAAACCAAAGCGGCUGCAGCCAACGCUAAGAAGAAAGUAACCUCUAAAAUCAGCGAGUGUUAUUACUGGAGACUGAACGGCUGCACUUACGGUGACAAAUGCCGCUACCGCCACAUACCGGAAAACAAAGGCGUGGACCGGAAACCUUGGAAAACCUAAUCCGUGUGAAGGACGUAAUGAAGAAAAGUGAUCCAAGUGCAAUUUAUUAAGAAAAACAACAAAAAAACGGACCGAAGAGAUCUCUUCCUGUUUUUUCGGAAGCUUUCUUAAGCUGCAGUCUACCCAUCUCCCGUUUUCCCCACCGAUCUCUCUCACUUCUUUUUGGGUAAAUUAGAAGACGAGAGCUGGGGAAAUGAAGCCUGCACUUUAUUAUUGAACCACGCGGUGGACACCCGCCCCGCACUGCGCCAGCCAUUAUAGGCCGGUGGGACACGUACUAUUCUGGAAUAAUGCAGACCUGUUACAGCGCUCCUUGCGAAUACGGGGACUAACGCAGUAUUUACCGGAGCGUGAAAUUGCGUAACUGAUGCAAAAGUCAUAAAUCCAUUCCCUGAAAAACAGCAUAGGGGGCAGAUUUACUAAUCCCGUCUGUACUAGGUUUCGGCACCAGAUAUGCUAUUGAGGGGCUAGACCAGUAUGUCCCAACCAGUGUGCCUUCAGCUGUUGCAAAACUACAACUCCCAGCAUGCCCGGACAGCCAACGGCUGUCCGGGCAUGCUGGGAGUUGUAGUUAUGCAACAGCUGAAGGCACACUGGUUGCAAAGCACUACUCUAGAUCCACACUGGCAUAUCAGGUGCCGAAACCCACAGCACCGUCCUGCAUUCAUAUAGCAGCAGAUCCACUUGGAUGAUGACCCUGCAGGUUUUUUAGUGGCCAGUAGAGAUGAGCGAACUUACAGUAAA